AUGAGCACCACCACCAGCAGCCGGAGCUCCUCUUACCGCCGCAUGUUCGGGGGCGGCAGCCGGCCCAGCGCGUCGGGCGGCGGCGGCGGCCGCUAUGUCACCUCGUCCAGCCGCUACUCGCUGGGCAGCGCCCUCCGGCCCAGCAGCGUCCGCCUGGUGGCCUCGGCGCCCGGCGGCGGCUACCAGACCCGCUCGUCGUCGGUGCGGCUUCGCAGCAGCUUCCCUCAGCAGCAGCAGGUGCGCCUCUUCUCGGACGCGGGCGUGGACUUCUCCCUGGCCGACGCCAUCAACACGGAGUUCAAGGCGAACCGCACCAACGAGAAGGCCGAGCUGCAGGAGCUCAACGACCGCUUCGCCAACUACAUCGACAAGGUGCGCUUCCUCGAGCAGCAGAACAAGAUCCUGAGCGCCGAGCUCGACCAGCUGCGGGGCAAGGGCACCUCCCGCCUGGCCGACCUCUACGACGAGGAGAUGCGCGAGCUGCGCCGGCAGGUGGACCAGCUCACCAGCGACAAGGCGCGCGUCGAGGUCGAGAGGGACAACCUGGGCGACGACAUCCUGCGCCUGCGAGAGAAACUUCAAGAUGAGAUGAUACAGAGAGAAGAAGCUGAAAGCAACUUGCAGUCUUUCAGACAGGAUGUUGACAAUGCCUCUCUGGCACGUCUGGAUCUAGAACGCAAAGUUGAGUCAUUACAAGAAGAGAUUGUCUUCUUGAAGAAGCUUCAUGAUGAGGAAAUCCGUGAGUUACAGGUCCAGAUCCAGGAACAACAUAUCCAGGUUGAUAUGGAUGUUGCUAAGCCCGAUCUGACUGCUGCCCUACGUGAUGUGCGUCAACAAUAUGAAAGUGUUGCUGCUAAGAACCUUCAGGAAGCUGAAGAGUGGUACAAAUCCAAAUUUGCAGAUCUGUCUGAAGCAGCUAGCAGGAACAAUGAUGCCUUGCGCCAGGCCAAACAAGAAGCAAGUGAUUACCGCAGGCAAAUUCAGUCUCUCACCUGCGAAGUGGAUGCACUUAAAGGAACUAAUGAAUCCAUGGAACGCCAGAUGCGUGAGAUGGAAGAGAACUUCUCUCUUGAAGCUGCUAACUACCAAGACAAUAUUGCCCGUCUCCAAGAAGAAAUCCAAAACAUGAAGGAAGAAAUGGCUCGCCACCUUCGCGAGUACCAAGAACUGCUGAAUGUAAAGAUGGCUCUUGAUAUUGAGAUUGCCACCUACAGGAAACUGCUGGAAGGAGAGGAGAGCAGAAUUAGUAUGCCUCUUCCUACCUUUGCUUCCCUGAAUCUGAGGGAAACAAACCUUGAGUCUAUCCCAAUUGUGGAUACCCAUUCAAAGAGAACGCUCCUGAUCAAGACUGUUGAAACUAGAGAUGGACAGGUUAUCAAUGAAACUUCCCACCAUGAUGACCUGGAGUAAAGGAAAUACAGCACAACAUUCUUGUGCAGAAAUGAAGCCUUACCAGCAAGACUUAAAAAGACAAACAGCUUUCAAGUGCCUUUCUGCAGUUUUCUCCAAGAGCGCAAGAUGGUUAUGCUAGAAGAGAUAGGUCUUAGAUCUUGCAAGCGUGCUCUCUUGGUGGUUUAGAAGAGCUUACAAAAAGGAGUCUAGUUCACUGAUAGCAAUAUCUUGUGCUGCAAUACUGUUUUAAAGUUUCUGAAUUGAAUAAAACUUCUUUUUUCCAGCACAGUAUGAGCAACCUAUCACUGCUUCAAUAAACACUUGGGAAACAGC